AUGGUUGUCAUUACAGAUGAAAACAAUUUUGAUUUUACUGAUAUAUUUCCCACAUGCAUACAAUAUUAUAGAAGGGUUGAAAGUAGCAUUAAUGAUUAUUCCCUUAUAGAUCCUUAUAAUAAUUCUUGCGUUCUUAUUAAAUCACAAUUAGGUAUUGAUGUUCAAAUUUUUUCAUGGAUUUGUAAGGUUCUGAGUCACUACUUAGAAAAUAUAAAAAAUGAAUCAGAUGAAGAAUAUAAGAAACGAAAUUGUAAAUAUUUCAACUUCAUACUAAAAAGUGAACACAAAAGGAUUAAUCCUUCUUGCAAUGCAGAGGAAGAUUGUUAUGAUAAAAUGAUAGAGGUAUACCAAACACAAAGGAAAAGUGAACUUGGUGUAUGUAAGUAUUAUAUUAAAAAUCUUAGCGAAGACACAUUUUCUAAAUUUAAAAACCUAAAUUGGUUGUAUUAUUACAAAGAGAAUCUAAUAGAAGAUAUUGAUAAAUGCCCUUCAGAUAGUACGUAUAUUGAAGAAUAUACAAAAGUAUCUAACUUAUGUCCAAAUGGAAAUGAUAGUAGCUUUUGUAAAGAAGUGAGGAAAUUUAAAGAUGAAUAUAUGAAAGGUGCAAAAUCUGAAAAUGAUUGCUCUGUAGUUCUAAAAAUAUUACAUCAAGCUGACAAGAGGGAUAUCCGCAUGGUUAUUUUAAUUGUAUCUAUUUUAACUUUCACAAUAUUAAUAAUUAUAUUCGUUUUAUAUAAAUAUACCCCUUAUGGCUCAUAUGUAAAACCAUGCCUAAAGAAGUUAAAGAAUAUGCGGAAUGGAAAAAAUAAUGAACUACCUAUUUUAAUGGAUUUAUUUGAUGAAACAUAUAAAAAUUUAACUGAUGAAAAUUAUCUAAUAUCAUAUAAAUCUUUAGAUUACUAA